UACACCGUUUGCCGGGGCACUGUUUCCAAUCUCUGCGGGAAAAGGAAGAUUCAGCGUUGCAAGAUUGGAGCGCAACUUUUGUGCAAGAUGCAGGGGGUCUCAGCCACUGAUCUUCCUCCCUCUUCCCUGCAAUACCCUUGUGGAUCAGUGGAUUACCUUUGUUCCCCGCGGCUGGUAAAGAAAGGUCCUGCCCCCAGACCAUGUCCCAACCGGCCCGCCGUCAAGCCUCGCCCCCAACCCACCACCUCACCCAGACUGUCAACCGCACAGAAACCUCAAGUGCCCCCUAAACCUACGCACCUGUUGGCCCUUGGACAAGACAAGAAACCCAAGAGGAUUCCCCCGGCACCCUCCAGGCCACUGCCGGCACCCCCUCCUCCACCCAAACCAAAGCCUGGUCAGACCUCCCCUGGCCCGGUGACACAACCCCAGAGAGAAGCCCAGAAGGUGGGACUGCUCAUCGAGAGGUUUGAGAGCUCCAGGGUUCCUAUCCUGGGGGUGGUUCCAAGGAGCCAGCUGCACCUGUGUCUAAGAAUGGACACCGCGUCCGACACCACGUCCCCCUGCAUCCAGGACUCUACAGGGGCAAAGGGCUCCCGGGAAUCCUCCAUCUCUUCAUCUUCCUUUGUAGACAAACCUGCACUAGGCACCUCAGAGCAGAUUGACGAGGUGACAGAACUCUCCUGUCUGGCCUUGGUGAACAUGGACGGCCCGGAUGAUGUCUCGCUGGACCACUGUCCAGACGACGACAUCACGCACAGCGUUGGUUGCCUUGACAACGCGGAGCAGGGGGAGGGCUCCCCCCGUGAGCUCCAGGACAAUCCGGACUCCUCGGAGCCGAACGGGAACGGAAAGAUUCCCAACCGGGACAGUGGUAUCGACAGCCCGUCGUGCACCGCAGAAGAAGUGUUCCCCAACGAGGACGCCAUUGACGAGGAGGACCACUAUGACAGCGUCACCGAAACGGAGAGUGUGUCCUGCUGUGUCACCCUGGGCAACAAGCGCGACUCGACGCAGGAUGAGGACAGUGACCUGGACGAAGGGAGCAGUGGAGAGAUAGAGGGAGUGGACAAGACGGACUCACACUCGGAGGCACACAAGUGCUCAGAGGCACAGAAGAUCCUGAACAUCGCUAGAGAGCUUCUCCAUACUGAAGAGGCCUACGUCAAGAGAAUCAACCUCCUCGACCAGGUAUUUUGCACUAAGCUGACAGAAGCUGGAAUCCCUCAGGACGUCAUUACAGGGAUCUUCUCCAACAUCUCCUCCAUCUACUGCUUCCAUGACAAGUUCCUUCUCCCUGAACUCAAGACACGCAUCACUGGAGAAUGGGACUCCAACCCUCGUUUUGGCGACAUUCUUCAGAAGCUGGCUCCAUUCAUGAAGAUGUACGGGGAAUAUGUGAAGAACUUUGAUCGAGCCAUGGACUUGGUCAACACCUGGACACAGCGUUCACAUCAGUUCAAGAGUGUGGUCCAGAAUAUACAGAAACAGGAUGUGUGCGGGAACUUGACAUUGCAGCAUCACAUGCUGGAGCCUGUCCAGAGGAUCCCACGUUACGAGCUGCUGCUCAAAGACUACCUGAAGAAACUUCCUGAUGAUGCACUAGACAGGAAGGAUGCAGAAAAAGCACUUGAGUUGAUAUCUACUGCAGCUAACCACUCCAAUGCAGCAAUCAGAAAAAUGGAGAAGAUGCACAAGCUGCUGGAGGUUUAUGAGAGGCUUGGGGGAGAAGAGGACAUAGUAAACCCAGCCAACGAGCUCAUCAAAGAGGGACACAUCAAGAAAAUGUCUGCCAAAAAUGGGACAGCGCAGGACAGAUACCUCUACGUGUUUAACAACAUGGUGCUCUACUGCGUGCCUAAACUCAGGCUGAUAGGACAGAAGUUCAGCGUCAGAGAAAGGAUCGACAUUGCUGGCAUGGAGGUGCAGGAGAACGUCAAACACAACCUCCCGCACACGUUCGCCAUUAUCGGAAAACGGCGCUCACUGGAGCUGCAGGCCAGGACAGCAGAGGAGAAAGAAGAUUGGAUCCAGGUGAUUCUGGCCACUAUCGACAGGCACAAACAGAACAGCGAAACGUUCAACAAAGCUUUCAACAGCUCCUUCUCCCGUGAGGAUGACCACCAGCCUGAGUCACCGGGCCCCUGGAUUAACACGUCCAUUGACUCAGAUGGUGAAAGGCUGCAUGAGAGGAAGAGUUCCAGGAAGAAGGAGAAGGAGAAGCAGACUUGCAAGGGCUGCAAUGAGAGCUUCAAUUUCACCAAGCGUAAACACCACUGCAAGUCCUGCGGAGCGGCCAUCUGUGCAAAAUGUUCCAAGACCUUGGACAACAAGACAAGCAGAGUGUGUCCGGAGUGUUUUGAAGCCAGCCUCAGUCUGGAGGGGUUAAUAGGCGGUACUGAACAAAAGAAGAAAGCUGCCCUUGAGAGACAGAUUUCACUGACAGGGGAGAACUGUCUGUACUGUGGCCACCUCCAACUGCAGGAGAAGGGGAAGAGCUGGACCAAGAUGUGGGUGGCUGUCACCAAGGCUGAACCACUGGUGCUUUACAUGCAAAGCAGCGGUCAGGACUCCAAGGGGGCGCGGGCGGUUCCUUUGCCGGGGUUCGAGGUGAAUGUGGUCUUGCCAUCAGGGGCCGAUAAGUCAGAGGUCAAACACGUGUUCCGGCUGAGUCACAUCCAGCAAGCUUUGCACUUCAGCGCCCCGGAUGCCGAGCUGCAGGCCAAGUGGGUGGACCUUCUCUCCAAAGCCGUCCGUGGAGAGACGCCCACGGAUGCGCCCGUCAGCCUGAAUGAGGACAGGAAGAGCCAAUAGAGCGGCCGAGUCGAGGCCCCAGGACUCUCUCCCCUUCCCACCCUCCUCCUGUGUACAGAGCACACAUUACUUGAAUUCACUUUACCUUGGCACUUUUUGUUUUUUUUCCCCCCCUUUGAAAAGGACCACUCGUUCCCUCAUAUGCCACUUCACCCACGUCCUCGCGAACCACACAGCUGCUUCUUCUCUCCCCGUCCCGCCGUCUCUCUACAACUCUCCCGAGCGCCACAUCGCUCUCUCGCACCGACGCGCAUGAACAAGGACUCGUGCCACCAAGUCCCCUCUGCCAUUUUGUGUGUGACGACGUUUCGUUAUAUUUUAUUUCUCUCGGGCCAUCAUCCAUCAGCUGCGAGGAGCAGAGAAAAACUUCCUCGAAUUUGAUUUGUAAUAUAGUUGAAGAAGGCAUUUAUGAUGCUUCCUUUGUAUUUUUUUUUUAAGAUGAAGUUACUUGUACAUUAUGCGACUGUGUUGUGAAGCAUUAACUCCUAUAUGUCUGUCUUUCCAUUUUUGUGUGUGUGUGUGUGUGCGUGUGUGUGUGCGCGUGUGUGUGCGCGUGUCUGUUUUACACAUUUUACAUAUGUGAGCAUGUGUUGUUCCUGUGAUUAUUGUUUUUUUUUUCAGUAUUGAAUGUUAGUGUAAAAACCCUGCGCCUCCUCUCUACUCUCUCCAUCCCUGCUCGGGUCACAGUGGCAGCUCAGCGGGUAUUGUACAGUGUGUAUACUAUAGUGUGUUGUAAGGAAACAAAGGAGAGAAAAAAAACAUUUUAACUUAAAUGAUACAGAGAUGUGUACGCUUGUGGCUGGCCACCUGAUGCUCCCACUAUCAUCUUAUGGAUUCGUCCCCCUAAACCCUUCCUCCAUAUUACUCGCUGUUAUGCCGAGUCCCUCCCUAUGCGCUCUUUGAGCUCCGAGACCUCCAAUCUGAGUCGGCCUCCGUUCAGACCCAUCUAUUUCUCCCGUUUCGUUGUCUCAGCUCAUACGGUUAAGGCGGCGGAUUACGUGGGCCUUGUUUCUGACCCCUGUGCCGCAGGUUGAGUCUCUCAGCCUAUAUUUGUACACAUGGUAAAUAAAUCCACUCCAAGUAGUUGUCUCUCAGUUCUCUCUCUCCCACUCCCAUAUCAGCUAUUGGCCUGCUUCACCCCCUUUGGUGAUAUGUGAGGAUGUACUGAGUACUGUACUGUAAGACUAUUUGCUCCUCCCCCCUGUAGCCUGCUCCCCUCAGCACCAGUCUCUAAGCAAAGUAGCAAAAGCUCGACAUUGGAUCUCUGUGUGCAUGUGAACCCACUCAUAUUUAUGUACCGUGCUCUGAAACCUCGCCAAGCCCCCCCCCGCCCCUUCCUUCUUCCCCCCCUUUUUCGCUCCAAAAUGCAUUCUUGGUGUACUGUAAGUGAACGAAGUCAGUAUUUUGCGUGUUUUAACCUGGAUUGUGCACAGUGGAAAAGCAGUCAAGCAUA